AUGUCCGACACCUACAGCGACUUCGACGACGAUGACUUCGUCGUCGCCAGUACUCAAUCCGAGGUCGUUGACUCCCAGGCCAGCGUGGCCGAUUCCCCACGCCCGUCCAAGAGAAGGCGCUUGAGAAAUGGUUCGGCCGCCAGCACAGCCCAUGGCAAGGCCGCAGCGGGGCUCGGCGGUGAUGAAUUUGAAGACCCAGACGACGAUAUGGACUCAGAUGGCAGCCCGUCACUACCAUCCCCCCAGCGAUACUCCGAGGACGACGAAAGCGACGACGGAUACCAGUCCAAAUAUAAAAUCUUCGUCCCCAAGAAACCGAGCCUGCAAGAAGACACCUUUGUCACACAGCUGACGCAGCCACAUUCGAGUCCGUCCCGAAUCCGUGGACCUCGGUGGAAGAAACCAGAACCACAGAUACAGCAGACAAUGGCGCCGGAAACCAGUGGUGGCCCAGUUAGACAUGAACCCGGAAACGACGAGAAUGAUGUAGAUUUACUGGCUGCUCUAGCGGCAUCUUUGGAAUCAUUCGAGGAAGAGCGCCCCCGCAAAUUCAAUACGAGUACAGUGUCAGCGAACGCGACGACAACGACUCGGCCUGUCGUAUCCCAACCCGAUGAUAUAGGAUUCGAUAUCGGCGACAUUCCCGACGAUGCUUUCGACUCAUCUCCAUGCUUAUCGCCUCAAAAGGUGUCCAUGGCCCCUCCUCCAACAACAACAAAUAGACCACUCCAGACGCAGCGUACAAACCUCCGCCAGACGACCUUGUUCCAGGCAGCCACCCGAGAUCCCUCACAAGCAGUUCGGAGCUGGUCACCACCUGACAGAGACGAACCGCCGACCCACCACAAAUUAGAUACGGAGGCAAUGCAGACAUGGGUAUAUCCCACCAAUCUAGGCAGGAUUCGAGACUACCAAUUCAACAUCACCCAGAAAGGUCUCUUCCAUAACCUUCUGGUUGCACUGCCUACUGGUCUCGGAAAGACGUUUAUUGCUGCCACUAUCAUGUUGAACUGGUUUCGAUGGACAAAGACAGCCCAGAUCGUCUUUGUUGCCCCUACGAAACCCUUGGUCACACAACAGGUAUCGGCUUGUUUGGGAAUCGCCGGUAUUCCUCGCUCUGAGACCACCCUUCUCACGGGAAAUGUACCUCCAGGAAUCAGAGCAGAGGAGUGGCAAACUAAGCGCAUAUUUUUUAUGACUCCUCAAACCCUGACCAACGACCUUAAGACCGGAAUUGCCGACCCGAAACGCAUUGUCCUGCUUGUGGUAGAUGAAGCACACCGCGCAACUGGUGGAUAUGCCUACGUCGAAGUCGUCAAGUUUCUUCGACGAUUCAAUUCAAGCUUUCGAGUCCUGGCGUUAACGGCUACUCCUGGAUCGACCGUUGAGGCUGUUCAGACGGUUGUCGACGGUCUGGAAAUUGCAAGAGUAGAGAUCCGCACUGAGCAAUCUUUGGAUAUUCGAGAGUAUGUUCACGCUCGCAAUGUCGAUGUCCAGACUUUUACCAAUACAGAAGAGAUGCUUCUGUGUAUGGAUCUUUUGUCAAAAGCAUUACAAUCUAGCGUCGAUCAGCUUCGGAGUCUGAACGCCUAUUGGGGGCGUGAUCCCAUGACUCUUACUGCAUUCGGCCUCACAAAAGCACGGCAACAGUGGAUGGCUUCUGACGUAGGGAGAAAUGCGCAUUUCGGACUAAAGGGAAAAGUGAACUCCCUGUUUACUGUCUUGGCCAGUGUGGCGCAUGCUAUCGAUUUAUUAAAGUACCACGGUAUUGUCCCUUUUUAUAGACAUUUGGUAUCUUUCAGGUCGAACACCGAGGGUAAAAAGGGGGGAAAAUACCAGAGAGCCAUUGUCGAGGAAGACCAUUUCAAGAAGUUGAUGAACCAUAUUGAUCCUUGGAGUAAAAACCCGGAAUUCAUUGGUCAUCCAAAGUUGGAAUACCUGAGAGAAAUAGUUCUUAAUCAUUUCAUGGACGCUGGAGAGGGAACAGACCAAAUAUCAAACACGAGAAUCAUGAUCUUCGCUCAUUUCAGAGAUAGUGCUGAAGAGAUCACCAGAGUGCUGAAGCGGCAUGAACCGAUAAUCCGACCACAUGUCUUCGUAGGACAGGCAAGCGCCAAAGGAUCGGAAGGCAUGGACCAGAAGAAACAAUUAAGCGUUAUUGAAAAGUUUAAAAGCGGCACCUACAACACGAUUGUCGCGACAUCUAUCGGUGAAGAAGGCCUGGAUAUUGGAGAAGUUGACCUGAUUGUAUGCUACGAUUCCUCCGCCAGUCCGAUCCGAAUGCUGCAACGAAUGGGCCGUACUGGUCGAAAGCGAGCCGGCAACAUCGUCUUACUUUUGAUGCAAGGAAAGGAAGAAGAGUCGUAUAUCAAAGCGAAAGAUAAUUAUGAAAAGAUGCAGGAGCUCAUCGCGAGUGGCACUCGUUUUGACUUUCACGAGGAGAAAUCAGCGCGCAUUCUUCCCAAGGACGUUAAACCUGAUGUUGACAAGCGAGAAGUUGAUAUACCUCCUGAGAACUCGCAGCAAGAAUUGCCCGAACCGAAGAAAAAAAAGGGUCGGGCUCCCAAACGACCUCCUAAAAAGUUCCAUAUGCCGGAUGAUGUCGAAACCGGCUUCACCAAGGCUUCUCGGAUUGGGGAGGGAAGUGGAAAUGCCGAUAUACGCACUAUGGUCAAAAAGAAGCCGAAAAAAAGAGCGCCCACGCCACCUCCUCCGAAACCAGCGGAAAUUCCACGCGCCGAGGAGGUCCUACUGACACCCCAACAAGAGAGUGAGUUGGAAUUCAGGUACCGCAACGUCGGAGGCACCACACCGCAGUUUAUUCGAGGGCCUCGAAAAGAUGCAUUUCCUCAGCUACAACGAACUCUUCGACCUACCAAGCUGAUUGCACACGGCUCCUUGACACGGCGAAUGGUCAAUGCUUUUCAGAAAAUGGACGCCACGCAGCCUAGUUGUGAGUUGCAUUAUGACUCUGUUCUAGACGAGAUCCGAAAAAGAGCGUCUAAGCUGCCUGCAAGGCAAGUCUACAAACCUGCCAAAAAGGCAUUGCUUCCCACAAGUUCGAAUUCAACCAGAAUACCUCCCUCUCCGGAUCGCAAAACCGAUCGCUCUUCUCCGCUUAUGUGUUCUCCUUACGCGGCUCCCGAUGCUAAUGAUCGACCAUUCUACGUGUCUCAAAUAAGCGAUGUCGAGGACAUGGACUACGACCUUCCUGACAUUGAGACUCUUGCUAGUCGAUUAAAUGAGCCCAACUCUCCGAAAAAGGCCCGGAAAAGACCGCGCCGUGUAAUUGAAGAUGAUGACGACGAUGACGAAUUUUUUUAG